GCCAUCUUUCCCGCCGGAGCUGAUGAAGAAUUCGCCGGAUCGGCUCCACCGGACGGAGGUAUGGCAUCUCACCUAGCAGCGCAAGAGCCGCCAGAAGAAGAAGCUGAGCGAGAUGUGCGAGAAAGCGGUCAAGUGGACGAUGAUAUGAAGCUCAGGGUGCUUGAGCUGCUGCGGAGGUGUGAAAAGUGGAAGAAAUUCAAGGGGUUUAGGAAGUACUACUUGACCUCGGUUCCCACCGAGGAUGAUGUUGUCGUUGUCCACCCGCUUGAGAAGAGCACAACCGCAGAGCAAUGGAAGCACGUAAUCACGUAUAACAGGACUUGUUCCCAGCGCAGCUGCGAAAUUCUCUACACACUUUUACGUUCGGAGUAUUUCCCUCCGGAGCACAACAAUGGGCGUUACAUGAUCCUGCAUGUAUGGAGAGGCGAGCAGCACCCUGAUGCAGUAUGGCCAAGCAGCUUCACAAAGCGUGCUCGGAGGAGACGGAACAAAAAGUAUCGAGAAGAGUUUCAUGCGCGAUCAUCGUCACCGCCGGUGCAGCUACAGGCCUACUGUGUGGGUGAAGGAAACGACCAAGUUUCAUCGUGCUUUUCAACUGUAGCUGCCGAGCCAGAGGUGUGGCCCCGCACUUACGCAGCCUCAUAUCGCCGGUUGUGGGAUUUGGUGAGGCAGAUUGCAGCUAUCGACAAGGAGACGGGAACUUGUCCUCGAGAGCUCUUGGAAGAAGCCAGCAAGCUUGAAUACCGUUGUUGAUGGGGUGACUUUCAUCAAACAGAUUGUACCAUCAUUCUGGUCA